UGUCGAGUUUUAAUCAGAAGGAAUUACAAUGUUCCUCUCUCUUCAUUGAAAAUUUAAAACGUGUAUUUUAUAUUUCAAUUUUUUUUAUAACACUUUUUGAAACCAUUUGUUAUCAAUACUCGAACUUUUCUUAAAAAAUUUUGUAAUUAACCUGUACAAACUUAUUUUGAAACGAGCAUGAAAUACGUAAAUUCGAGUAAGCGCACUUCCUGUGUAACAUUUAACAAAUGCUCUAUGAUGAAAAACGGAUCUAUCUUCGCCGUUAAUCAUCAUCGAAGUGAAAUCGCUUCCGGAUCAUUCCCCUCGAGGCGAACGUCCCGUCGAACAGACUCGUAGCCACCUUCCGUCUCCACUUUGUUUUCGAUUGAAAACAUCAUGGCGAUUCCCACAUAAAACCCCUCGAUGAGUAUUUAGCCAUCAUACGGCGAGCAGCACCCGCGUUCUCAUUGGAGAUCAUGAAACUCUUGGCGGUGCUAUGCGCGCUGAUGAUACGAUGCGCCGCGUCAAAAUCAUGGAACAACGAUAGUUAUUCGGAGGAGUUCUUCGUGUUUAACUGGUUCGGAUAUUUGAAACGUUUGUCCUUGAUAAUCCUGAUGUUGUCCGGUAUUAUCCUCUACUAUAUUCCGGAAUCACGUCCACAUGCUCGUCGAAUAUGUUAUAUGUUGAUCGAUUUCACGGCAAACGGUUUAAAAUCUGCACUGAGCGCCCGCGAGAGCGAAUAUCUGUACGAGAAGAUUAAAUCCAAGUACGAUCGUAUUCGAUACGAGCAUUCGCUCGCUUCGCAGAAAUGCAUUGCGCCGGAAAUUCAAGAUGAGAAUGAGCAUAUCCAUCGACCCCACAAAAGUAUCUCGAAAAAAUCGAAAGUCUAUUUGGCCGACGAUAUGAUGGGAAAUAAGGAGAGGGUAAGGAAAAAGCACAAGGAUCGUAUCACGUUGUCCAAGUCACGCCACCUUCGCAGCAGUAUGAAAGAUAUAUCUAUGGGCGAUUGCGCGGAAAUCUCCAAACCGAUCUAUUUCUAUCCCGAAAAAUUGGACGAUUUUCAGAAAUACGUGAAAACAAGUUUGUCCGGUUUGAAACGCGAUAAGAAUUUAGAGAAUUACACACUUUUGAUCAGUGGAAAUCCGCAACAAAUGGCGUUAUUCGAUCAGAAGUUCGAUAAGGAAGACAUGGUGAUUGUUCAAGAUCCGUACAUGAAAGUGGAGUACAAGGAAUGCGGCACUUCCACCGACAAACUGUCGGCGAAAGUGGAAGCCUCAAGCUCGGAACAAGAGGGACCAACUCGAGACCUUAACGAGAAUGACAUGGAAACAUAUAUAAAAGAAAUUGAAUUCAACUCGAUUCCGGAAAAUACCGGAUCUAGAUAUUCCAUGAACAAAUUGUUGUAUCAAACGAGUCAAUGCCAAUGCGAACAAGAUUGUUGUAGACCCAAUGAAUAUUCUUUCGGUUCUUUGAAUAAUAAAACAGCUAUGUCAACGCAGUAUUUGUCCGAGGUAAAAGAAAAGAAAAAAGUACGUGGAAAUAAACGAAACAAUUGUUAUUAACAGGUGGCAUUCUCA